AUGAGAAUACGCGAGCAACUACAAGGACAGGUAUCUACUCCUGAGAUUUUUGGCUGGACUGAGGAUGAAGGACAGGUCUUUAUCUACAUGUCCUUGAUCGAGGGCGAGACUUUGCAAGAGAGAUGGAGUGGCAUGGAUGACGCUAAGAGACGGGCCGUCUGCGAACAACUUAAAAUAUAUUGUGAAAACAUGGAGGGCCUUAACGCAGGACAAGCAAGACUGUUAUAUCGUUUCGGUAAGCAACCACUGAGUGAGGCAUUCGGCGAUUCCCACCCAGAACUCGCAGGUCCAUUUCAAGGUGUGAACGCCAUUCAACUGUUUCACGAUGCUUGCGGAAUUGAGAUCGACAGCGAAGUGCCUAUCGUUUUCACUCAUAGCGAUUUUUUUCUACCCGACAUCCUUCUAUCGCUUGGGUCGAAUCCACAAGUAGCAGCGAUCAUUGACUGGGGUCAGGCUGGGUGGUAUCCUGCGUACUGGGAGUAUUGUAAGGCACGACGAGUGAGAGUGGAUCCAGAGUACUUUGGUGAUACUAUUCAAGAAGAAUGGCACAUGAAAUAUCUGCCAAUGAUCUCCUGGAUCCUAUGA